AUGGUGGACGGUACGAAGCUUCCCAUCCACGGCGAAGCAUCCUUGCAGCUGCAUAUAGGUGCGUUACGAUGGAAGCCGACGUUGCCGAUCACGAACAUCAAGGGACUAGAUUUCAUCUUGGGGCGAGAUUUCCUGAAGCAGUUCAACCCCGAGAUCGAUUGGGUCAAUCGGAAGGCGUGCAUCUACAACAACGGGAAACGAGUGGAGCUGCGAAGCUGGACGGAUACAGGGGAUGUUCCUGAAAUGACACUGGCACGGUUCGAACAGACGGUGAACGAGAGUAACACGGGUUACCUAGCACUGGUCAUGGCAGCAGCAGAAGAGGUGAAACCGGGUUCCGAGCUACCCGCAGCAGUGAAAGAGGUCUUGGAGCAGUACAAAGACAUCAUGCCCAACGACCUACCUGCAGGCGUACCUCCAGCACGCACCCACGAGCACGAGAUCGUGGAGGAACCAGGUGCGAAACCCGUCUCACCAUACCGACUGAGUCCGACCGAACUGACAGACAUGAAAAAACAGAUCGAGUAUUUACUGGACAGACAACUGAUCCGACCAUCCACCUCUCCCUACGGCGCACCAGUUCUCUUCACUCCAAAACCAGACGGCAGUCUACGGAUGUGCAUCGACUACCGCGCACUGAACAAACAGACAGUUAAAAACAAAUACCCCAUACCGCGCAUCGACGACUUACUGGACCAACUGCGUGGUGCAACAGUCUUCUCGAAGCUGGACCUACGGUCGGGUUACUGGCAGAUCAAGAUGGCGGACAACUCGAUCCACAAGACGGCGUUCCGUACGAGAUACGGCUCCUACGAAUACUUGGUGAUGCCGUUCGGACUCUGCAACGCACCACCGACGUUCCUAGAAUGUGUUCUACGGCCCCUGCUGGACGAGUGCGUAGUGGUGUACCUGGACGAUAUCCUCAUCUACUCCAAGAACAUGAAGGAGCACGUGGAGCAUCUGCGGAAGGUGUUCGAGAUCCUGCGGAAGAAUAAGUUCUACGUGAAGCUGUCGAAGAGCGACUUUGCACUGAAGAAGGUGCAAUUUCUCGGGCACAUGGAGUUGCAGCAGUUCCUCGGCUUCGCCAACUACUACAACAGGUUUGUGCCGCAGUACGCUAAGAUAGCAGCGCCACUGACAGACCUACUGAAAAAGGACACGCCCUUCAAAUGGAGUGCUCCUCAUCAGCAAGCCAUGGAACAGCUACAGACAGCACUGACCACAGCGCCAGUACUCAUCCUACCGGAUCCCGAGAAGGACUACGUAGUUGAAGCGGACGCUAGUGACCAGGCAGUCGGAGCAGUACUGAUGCAGGAUCACGGGAACGGUUUGCAGCCCAUCGCCUACCUCAGUAAAAAGCUACACGGAGCAGAACUGAACUACCCCAUUCACGACAAGGAAGCCUUAGCCAUAGUCGUAGCCUUCAAGGCGUGGAGGUAUUACCUAGAGGGAGCCAAGACCACAGUCUACACUGACCACUGCAGCCUCAAGUACCUGAAGUCGCAGCCGACGCUUUCACGACGGCAGGUAUGGUGGGUGGAUUUCUUGGAGACCCACUUCCACUACGACAUCGUCUACAAACCCGGGCUCCACAACAAAGCAGACGCGUUGAGCCGCCCAGGUCAUGUAGCAGGCAUCCAGCUCGAAGGGAUGAACCCUCUGCUCAAGGGUCUAUUCCAACAUGGGUACUCCGUGGACGGCGAGAUCGCUACAGCAGAGAAACAGAAGCUGUUACAGUGGGAGAAAGACUUAGCGGUAAGGAAGGGUUCAGGAAAGAUUUGGGUACCGAAUUACGCCCCGCUACGGCAGAUCCUAUUGGAGGAGUUUCACGACGUACCAUACGCGGGACAUUUCGGGAGCAACAAGACUUUAGUCGGAGAUCAGGUGCUUCUUGACACGCGCAACUUGAACCUGUCUCACCUACCAUCCAAACUCCGGCCUCGCUUCUGUGGUCCAUUUCUCGUGGAGGCACAGGUGACACCAGUUACAUUCCGCUUGCGCUUACCAGAUACGUGGAAGCUUCACAACGCUUUCCAUGUUCAGCUACUGAAGCCCUACAAGGACCCCAACCAACAGUUCCAGGGACGGCAGCUACCGCCACCACCACCUGUUCUUGUGCAGGAUGAACCAGAGUACGAGAUCGAGCGCGUUCUCACUCAUCGGCGCCGCGGCGGCAAGACCCUCGAGUUCCUGAUACGCUGGAAGGGAUACGACCCCACUGAGGACAGUUGGGUGCCAGAAGCUGAUAUGGGCAACGCACGCCGUGCUCUCAAGGACUAUCUUGUCAAGCAGGGUGUAUCUCACGCCACCCAGCUUUGA